AUGAUUGAUCGUGUUAUCAGCGACUGGACUAGUUGUAAUGGAAAAUCGAGUUCCACCACCAGUUUAACAGAAGAGACGGCUAUUUCAAAAUCAUUCGAUAACUUACCUAGGUUCACCAACUUAUCGAUUUUCCAAGUAGACCUGGGCAACUAUACCUUCACUAAUUCCAGUUCUGAUACCAACCUUCAAACCGAUGGCGGGAUUGAAAGUUAUGAGAUAAGUGAGAAGUCGACUAGUGGUACACCAGAUAUUGUUGAUAACGAGUUCUACAUCAAGUCGUUUAAUAGUAAACUCAGUACUGUGUCCGGUCAUGCUAAUAUUUUUCGGAUCGAAAGAAUCAAUGAUUUCUUAGAACUAUUUCAAUUCUACUAUACUAACAAGUUAUUACCUUCUGAGAAGUGUUUUCCUUAUUUUCACGGAUUGAAUAGCAUUAGACAACGAAUCUUUUUUUGUGGGAAUCUGAACAUAGAAAACCCUGAAUCAUUUGCUUCUGAAAGCAAUGUUGUCUUGCCUGAUCUGUUGAAGGAUCAUUUCCAUUUGAUGUUUAUCAACUCAAAAGAAUCAGGCCGUCAACUAAACAACCUGUGCUUUUUAAGUGACUUGCUAACGCCCAAGGAGGAAGAAAUUAAUUUUAAUGCACCUCAAGAACAUGCUGAGUUUGUUCAGUACAAAGCAUUUAAUCAUAUUAAUGAAUUUUCACCUGUACUAAACGAAUUAAAUAAUCGUAACUUUUCUGAGCAAAUGAAACUAAUGGCACCAUUAUCCAAUUUUUUAAUUUAUAAUGAUUCAAUGGAUUUUUCGAUUAAUUUGAAUUCAGCAUUAACUAUAAAUGAAUUGACAACUAACAAAUUCAUUUAUAUUGUUGACGUACCACAGCAGGACUGGAAUCUGCUAGAUCAGAACUAUUUCUCCCAUACCAAUGAAGUUGAUUUAUUUCGUAAAGAGCAGAAUAUGCUUUUAAAUUUGAAUUCUAUGAAAUCCCCAUUGUACAAUGUUUUUACUGGUACAGUAAAGGAUUUUCAAUCUAUAGUCACUACCAAUCAUGCGUUCAAAUUAUUUAUUCAUUGUCAUAAAGAUGCAGAAUUCCCCAAGUUAUAUGAGUUGCAAAAGUUCCUAGACAAUACGAAGCAUGACAUACCAUUAUAUUUGGAGUUUCCUUCGUCUGGCUCAUUACACUCUUCGUCAAUAACAUUUAAUCAAACAUUAUGCUACCUAAAUGUUUUGAAAUUGAUACACCAUUAUGCUAGAAUCCAUGAUGAAAACGUAUUUAUUUUCUCCGGAGAUGGAUUUACAGAGUUAUCCAUGUUAACGUUAUCACUUGGCUGUCUAUGGGACAUUGAUAAGAAAUGUGGAUUAAUUGAAGAAGUUAUAUUGACCUUAUUGGGUAGCGAUAAAGACCUACGUCUCUAUUUUUUCAAGAAUGACUUGGUUCUCUUAAAAAAAAUCGAAAGAAUAAUUAAUUGGGUCAAAUUAUUAAAGUUACAUGACCGAGAUCUUGUCCUUGAUUUAGAUUAUAAUGAGAUUAACAUUUCUUAUAAUUUAAGCCUUCAAAAUAUACCUCCGCUACAUUAUGACUGGUUCAACUUUGAAGAAGAUAACAAUUUUCCUUCAAAAAUUCUACCCAAUCUAUAUCUUGGUUCGUUAAGACAUGCAUCAUCAUAUACUGUUACGAGGUGUUUAAAAAUUUCAAGGAUUAUUUGUGUCGGUGAAAGGCCACUUUGGUUUAGUCAAUUGAAUACCAUCUUUGAGCAUGAAUUGGAUUCAAUUGAUCCUACUGGAAAAGAAGUUAUAAAACCUAUUUAUUCUUUCAAUGAUGAUCUUUCCAAGGUUUAUGAAAUUUCUAAUAUUAACCUUAAGAAGUAUCCCACCAUAAAACUGGUCAUUUUUAUAUAUAAUGUGAAAGAUGAUGGCAGAGACUCGAUGAUGCCGUUGCUUAUAGAUUGUCCUUAUGAAGUCCAAUCAAAACUUUUAAUCAAUCCCGAGAAUUUGCAUCAGAAUACCUUGAUUCAUUGUAGAAUCGGUGUUUCGAGGUCGGCUACGCUAGCUAUAGCUCUGGUUAUGAAGUUUGGGAACAUGACAUUAUUAGAAGCGUACAUGUUCGUAAGAGUCCGGAGGUUUAAUAUAAUCAUUCAACCUAAUCUUAGAUUAUUCUACGAAUUGUUCUGCUUCGAAGAAUACUUGAAUCAGGGUUAUAAAACACACUCUUGGUGGAGUUUAUGUCAAGAAAUUUCUAAACUCAACAGUCACUAUUUCAAUUAG